AGUAGCGCCACUGAACGACGCUCGAGCGUGCCCGGCGCGACACGACUGCGCCCGCUGACCGCGCGCCAAACCGCGACAGUGCGUUCUCGCUUAAUUGAAUGUCUUCUUGGAAUUACACAAAUCUAAAGUGAAGAUGAAGCAGCUAGUGCAAGUGGCCGUGAUAUACUUGGCGAUGGUGCUGGAGUGCGAGGGGACGUCCAUGGCGUUCAAGCUGUGCGGGCGGGACCUCGGAGACAUCAUGACCAGGGUCUGCCACGCGUACAACAGCCCGGCCUGGGACGUACCCACUGUGGUAGAGCAGCCCGCGUCUGCGGUGCGGCGGCGGCGGCGGACGGGCAUCGCGGACGAGUGCUGCGUCUACGGCUGCACGUGGGAACAACUCGAAUCCUACUGCUCGGUUAAAGCCAAAGAGGAGUCGCCGUUCGAGCUCAUGGAGGAGCACAUGAUAGCGGAUCGCUCGGCGGAGCAGGCGGUGGCAGCGCCAGUGGCGGUGGCGGAAGCGGGCGCGAAAGCGGCAGCGGGGGCGGGGGCGCGGCGCGAGGUGGGCCGACGCAGUCGCGGGUACGGGCGCGCGCGGGGCCGCUGUUGGUGCCGGCGCAAGCGGCGCUCGGGCCGUCGGCGGACCGCUCUCAUGGGUAACAUGGGCUUCAUAAAAAAUGUCGUUCGCGCUGCGCCCAUCCUCGGCACCGUGUCGCCGCUGCUCGCGUGGGGCCGCACGCUCAACACCGACCUGCCCACUGACAGAGACCGCUACGCCUACAUAGCGGUCUACACGUAAUCCGCUCCACGUGUACUCUAUUUCAAUUCAUUUGAAUCAAAAUAUAAACAAGCUACGCGUACAUACCAGUGUAUACUUAAACCUCCAAGCUCAGUGUGGACUGCCCAUUGUCAUACUGCUGUAUUACCCGCGAAAUAAAUGUCCAAAAUUAUAUUUACAUUUGUAUAACAAUGAAUUGAAACGUACAAUACGGAGAUCACUACUUACCUAAUAGGCUCACACC